AUGCUUCUUCGGCCUCCAAUUCUGGAGGCGCUUCGCUCCUUCUUGACUCUUCCAGACUUCUUGGCACUAUCCCAAGUAUGCAAGCGACUUUACAUAAGCAAAAACGAUAUUCUUAGGUUGAUUUGCGGAAUCAACGCUACACUCAAGAGCUUUGUGGCCGACGCUACAAUGUUUCGAUCCCAAUUGGGACAGUAUAACGCCGUGAUUUCAGGACCUUUUGCCCUCAAUUUCUUCCAACUGGGCAGUAACAAAGUCUCAAAGUUGGAUAUCUUCGUCAAGGAAGGAGCCGAUGCCGAUCAAUUCACGGAAUAUUUGCAAAGGACUGGCGAGUACAAGAACAAUUCAGAAGUCGACAUGGUGAGAAGUCAACGUCAAGAGUCCGCUAUCCAUGAACGAUUCCCGCUAAGUUCUUAG